CGGCCCGGGGGGCGGCAGCCCGGCGGCGGCGGCGGCGGCGAGGGGGUCGCGGCGGGGGGCAAGGGCAGGAAGGCGAAGCGGGGAGCCCCGCCGGGCAGCGGCCAUGCGGCGGCGGCGGCGGCGGUGCUGGCCCGCGUGGGGCACACGGACAGCAGCUCCGACCUGUCCGACUGCCCCUCCGAGCCGCUCUCCGACGAGCAGCGCCCGGCGCCGGCCGCCAGCAGCGACGCCGAGUCCGGCACCGGCUCCAGCGACCGGGAGCCCCGCGGAGCCCCUCCGGCGGCCGCGGUCCGCGGGGAGCCCCCCCCGGGGCCGCAGCCCGCAGCCGGGAGAGCCCCGAGCCGCGGGGAGCCGGGCAGGGCGGCCCCCGAGGAGCUGCAGCGGGAGGUGGAGGAGCUGCGCUCCGAGAACGAGUACCUCAAGGAUGAGCUGGAUGAACUUCGAGCUGAAAUGGAAGAAAUGCGCGACAGUUAUUUAGAGGAAGAUGUUUACCAGCUGCAGGAGCUCCGGCGAGAGCUGGACCGGGCAAAUAAGAAUUGCCGCAUUCUGCAAUAUCGUCUCAGGAAAGCAGAACAGAAAAGCUUGAAAGUUGCACAAACAGGCCAUGUGGACGGAGAGCUCAUUAGGAGCUUGGAACAAGAUUUAAAGGUAGCCAAAGAUGUUUCUGUCAGACUGCACCAUGAGCUGGAGAGUGUGGAGGAGAAACGUGUUAAAGCAGAAGAUGAGAAUGAAGUCCUUCGACAGCAAAUCAUUGAGGUGGAAGUAUCAAAACAGACACUGCAAAAUGAGCUGGACAAGUUAAAAGAGAGUUCCCUGAAGAGAAGAGGCAGCAGAGAAAUGCACAAAGAAAAAAAAACACUCACCCAGCAGAAUUGCAAAGUGGAGCUUCUUGGGAAGUACCAGGCACCAGGCAAAACACAGAGAAAAGUGGUUCUCCAGCGCAAGGAGGACAGCGCUGAUUUGAAGUGCCAGCUUCAGUUCGCCAAAGAGGAGGCAGCGCUGAUGCGGAAGAAGAUGGCCAAGCUGGGGAAGGAAAAGGAUGAGCUGGAGCAGGAGCUCCAGAAAUACAAGUCCAUCUACGGAGAUGUGGACAGUCCCCUGCCUACAGGGGAGGCCGGAGGCCCUCCCAGCACCAGGGAGGCUGAGCUGAAGCUUCGGCUGAAGCUGGUGGAGGAGGAGGCCAACAUACUGGGCAGGAAAAUAGUGGAACUGGAGGUGGAGAACAGGGGGAUUAAAGCUGAGAUGGAGGAUAUGAGGUGCCAGUACGAGAAAGAGUGUCUCAGCCGGGACCACAUUUCAAGCAUUCCUACCUCGCCCUACGGCGACUCUGUGGAGUCGGCCACAGAGCUGCGCCGGCACCUGCAGUUUGUGGAAGAGGAAGCAGAACUGCUGAGGCGGUCCAUCUCUGAAAUUGAGGAUCACAACAAGCAGCUAACGAAUGAGCUGAGCAAAUUCAAGUUCGAGCCUGGCCAGGAGCCAGGCUGGCUGGAGGACGCAGCCUCCAAGUGCGGCGGACCGCUGCAAGAGGAGCUGAAAUCAGCCAGGCUCCAGAUCAACGAGCUGAGUGGGAAGGUGAUGAAGCUGCAGUACGAGAACAGGGUCCUGAUGUCCAACGUGCAGCGGUACGACCUGGCCUCCCACCUGGGCCUGCGCACUUCCAGCCCCAGAGACAGCGAUGCCGACAGCGAUGCCGGGAAGAAGGAGAGCGACAGCGAAGAAGGCCGGCCACCCCAGCCGAAGAGAGAGGGGCCGAUCGGCGGCGAGAGUGACUCCGAGGACGUUUACGAGAAGACGUCAGGUUUUGGGAGUGGGAAGCCGUCGGAAGUCAGCGACCUGUGCUCCACUGAGCUCAUGCGAGUGAAAGAGGACACUGAGUCUUUAAUCAACAUCAAACGCGAGGCUGAGCGGCUUGAAAGGACCGUAGACCGCCUUAUCACUGAUACGGACAGCUUGAUUUAUGACGCAAAGGUGCAUAUAACCAGCAGCCCGUCCACUGAGCAGGACUUCAAAAGUGAUGAGGGAAGGGGGGAAGAUAAACAUGAACCAGAGCUUCUGGACACCAUUAACUCCAGGAUGAAAGCUUUCCGGAAAGAGCUACAGACCUUCCUGGAGAAGGUUGAUCACAUUGGGGAGGGCCUUAAGGAGCAGAUGGAGGACCUGUCUCCUCUUCCCCACCUCACCGAGUCUUCCAGUUUUCUAUCCACAAUGACGUCCAUGUCACGAGACUCUCCCAUUGGUAACCUGGGCAAGGAGUUAAUCACAGACUUCCAGUCCAAACUGAGGGAUCAGAUGGAGUGGCAGCUCAAACAAGAUCGUGGAGAGGAGCGAGAGAUUCACCACCAGCGAGCCACCACCGACCCACACCGCAGAGCUGAUGGAGACAUUAAACUCUACAGGCCAGGAGACAAGGGCUGUUUCAGUCUAGAGAGUGUAUCGAUACAGGAGCUUCAGGCUCAGCUUGAGCAGGAGACAAGACUUCACCGAGAGGAGCAAGAAAAGUUUACAGAAAGGAUCAUUCAGCUGGAGGAGGAGCAUAUGCAGACCCUGCGGAGGAAAGAUUUGGAAGUGCAGAGCUUGACUUUGCAGAACAAACUGGAAGAGAAGACCUGGAGCCAGGAGAAGAGCCUACUGCACCAAGAACUCAGGCAUUUCAAGCAGGACACCUUCCUCCUGUACGUCAAACUGAAGUGGCUGCUGAAGCACUGGCGGCAAGGCAAGCGAAUGGAGGAGGAAGGGGAGGACAUAUUAGAGAUUGAGCAUCUCGAGGCCCUCCCAGAAUUUGGCAUUCAGUCUGAGCAGAAGGCGGAUGAUGCAGAGCGAGAGGAGGAGGAAGAGGAUGUUGUGUUCGCACUGACAGAUUUCUCCCAGCGUCCCACUGCGGAGAACAGUGAUCAGAGACCACAGCUGCAGACUGCAGAAUUACUACAGCAGCAGAAGCAGGCAAGUGAAAAUCGGAAACUGCUGAACGCUGUGAAGGGUUUGCUGGAUGACUUCCGCUCGGAGCUGCGGGACGACGAGCGAGAGCGCCAUGGGCUCCAGCAGCAGUAUGCCCUGGACAAGGCAGCCUGGGAGGUGGAAAUGACUGAGCUGAAGUGCCACCUAGAACAGCUGGAAGGGAAGAGUGAGAACACCUCAGGAGACGUAAGCCUCACUUCUGAUGCAAAAGGAGCUUUUAAACGGGAAAGAGAGGAGCACAAGAAGCUUCUGGCUGAGACUCACAGUGUGGUGAUGGACCUUCGCUGGCAAAUCCAGCACAGUGAGAAGAACUGGAACCGGGAAAAGGUGGAGCUCCUGGACAGGCUUGAUAGGGACCGACGAGAAUGGGAGCGUCAAAAGAAGGAGCUGCUCAGGCGGAUAGAGCAGCUUCAGAAAGAAGUGAGCCCACGAAGAGGAGGGAGCUUUCUGUGUGACCAGAAGGAGAGCAACCUGCGCCCAUUUACGACCCAGGGGAACCUUCACGUGCCUCGCCCGAUGGGAUCAAGAUCCUACUCCGACUCAGAUGCCAUUCAGUUUGAUGACCGGUCACUGUCCAAACUGAAGGAGAGCGACCGGUGCAGCGCCACAGAAAACCUCUUCCUGGAGUCGCUGUCCCUCGAUUCUCCCGAUGAGGCGGAGGAACACCGCUCCCGGCAGCUGGAGCGGGAGAAAUUCUUUACUGGAUUAACAGAAGAGGAAGAAACACAUAAAGGAAAUCUUCAAAGGGCCAUGUCCGUUUCUUCCAUGUCCGAAUUCCAGCGCUUGAUGGACAUUUCUCCAUUUCUACCAGAAAAAAACUUGCCUUCCUCCAGCAGCAAAGACGACAUAACCCCUCCCUUGUCUCCUGAUGAUCUGAAGUACAUCGAGGAGUUCAACAAGACCUGGGAUUACAGUAGCACUAGAAAUCACGUUGGGGCCACCGAGAAGCCUGCAGAAGGGUGGGCAGAAAGGACAGAAACUGGGAAAGCCGGGAACGAUCCGGCUUCAGAUCCCUUCCAGGCCUCCUCAUGGUACCUCACCACCAGUGUCACCAUGACCACCAACACCAUGACCAGCCCGGAGCACUGCCAGAAGCAGCCAAUGAGGAGUCACGGUGUCACCGAAAAAAUGGGAGUUCGGGUCUUUCACAGCCCACCAGUGGUCCGUAGGUUUGAUAAUUCAGUGAUAGCUGGAAGUGAGGGGAAAAGCCAGGUUGAGCCAGACUUUUUGUUUUCUAUGACCAAAGCUAUGGGGAACGUUGCUGAGACAAAAGGUGCUUCCUCGGAUAUGUUUGGAAGAUGGUCUUGUGACCUGGCCAAACAUCAUAAGGAUUUUCUGGAGAGUGGUCUUCAUCCCAUUGAACGUCCUAUUUGCACUACCGUGGGCUUUGCCUCACCCUUGCACAGCUUGGAGAUGUCCAAAAACAUGAGUGACGAUAUGAAGGAGGUAGCUUUCUCUGUCCGGAACGCAAUACGCUCCAACUCUAAUUCAGCAGAGCCUCAGUUUAAGGACACCGCGUGUCAAACCAAUGGUAUGAGAACAACAGGGACGCAGACCACCCAGACCAUCAGUGUUGGCUUGCAGACAGAAACCCUGCGCAGUAUCACCAGCAGUCCACACAAGUGUCUGACACCAAAGGGGGGGUCCACGCCUGUCUCCUCACCAUCCAGAAGCCUAAGAAGCAGGCAAGUGACCCCUGUCAUUGAAAAAGUGCAGGCUAAGUUUGAACGCACAUGCUGUUCCCCCAAAUACGGCUCCCCAAAGCUGCAGAGAAAAAUCCUUCCCAAAUCAGACCAGCCAAAUAACCGGACUUUGCCUGGCACACCUCAGAAAGGAUUCAGUGAGUCCGCUUGGGCUAGAUCAACUACUACAAGGGAGAGUCCUGUCCAUACCACUAUCAACGAUGGCCUCUCCAGUUUGUUCAACAUUAUUGACCAUAGCCCCAUCUUUCAUGAGACCUUCCAAAAAUGCCCCAGGUCUAGCAGCCGAUCCAGGUCAGCAGAACCCAGACCUGAACUGGGCCCGGUGCAGGAGCCAUGUACAAAUGCCCGUGGCAGGUCACCCAGUCCUCUCCGUUUGGGUACAGAGACACAAAAGGAAGAUGGGACUGAGGUGACGAGUAUCAGGCAGGACUUAUCUGCUCCUCCAGGGUAUACACUUACAGAAAAUGCUGCCAGGAUCUUGAAUAAGAAACUUUUGGAGCAUGCCUUAAAAGAAGAGAGAAGGCUACCUUCCCACAGCCCACCAAAUCUUAGCAAUGACAACAGCACAGGAGAAAUUGUCAAAGUAGAUCCAGGGUCCAUAGAGGAACUGCCUUGUUCUGCACUAGCCCCGUCCCUCGAACCCUGCUUCUCCCGGCCAGAGAGACCAGCGAACCGGCGCCCACCGUCCCGAUGGGCUUCACAUUCCCCUACUGCCUCACAGUCGCAGUCAACCGGAGACCUGACUUCCUCGGAGGAGAGCGGAGGCAAGGAGCCGCCAGCAGAGACCCCGGGCCAGGGAGGCCCGCCGGCAUGAACGGCCACGGGCCAAAGGCACCCCGAGCGGCCUUCGCCCGGCGGCCCGAAGGGGAGGUCCCGUUGUGGAGGUCAAAGAAUGUUCUCAAACGCAGCUGCUGAAUGUCCGACCUGUGAAACAGAGGUGUUUCUGGAAUGAAACAGUUAAUGUGCCUGUAAUAACUUAAUUUUUUCUUUUUUUUUUUUUCAUAGCUGAGAAAACUAUUUUUGUCUCCAUCUUUUCUACACACAGUAUAUUAACAAAAAAAAAAAAAAAAAGGUAAAAAUGAUAUAAAGUUAAGAUUUAAAAUAAAUUGUAAAUUAAGUUUUAAGGGAAUUUGAAUACGUGCUCGCGCUCUCUCCAAAUACUGACUGCCUUUCGGUUAUAUUUGCACUGUUACAUUUUUGAUUUCGGUUUGGGGUUCUGGGGGUCGUUUUUGGUUUUGUUUUUGUUUUUCAUGUAAAACUAGGGUCUUAAGUUAAUUUUAUUCUAUUUUAAUGUCAGCGUUUAUCAGUUUUUAAACGUAAGGUUCUUAAAGAUGCUUCAACUGUCUGAAGCAAUACCUUUUAAGUAGUGAAGAAAGCCAUUAAGCUAGUUCACUAGAGUUGUGUUAACUGAGAUGGAGGGGAAUACAGGUAAACACAAGUAAAAGUGUAAAAAAAAAAAAAAAAAAGAGAGAAAAAAAAAAAAAGCCUCAGAAAGUCUUACGGAGUUAGCUGUAAAAUACACCUACGAUACUUGACUUGCAUGCCUCUGGGUCCUCGCACUUUAGUGCAUGUACAUACUGCUACUGUACUUCUACCAUCACAUAAAUGUGAGUCAACCUGUUCCACUGUAAUAUUGUUGUGAAUUUACCUGUACUGUACUUUUAUUGUUGGUAUUCUUGCAUUGACUAUACAAAACGAGUUUUUAAAUUAUUGUUAGCAGUUCAACUGGCUAUGUACAGCGUUUACUGAAAUCUUUUGUUUUGGGGAAAACCCUUGAGAACUCUGGGCAUACUGACUUGUAACUGGUCUUGUUUAAGAGUCUGUUGGAGACCAUGUGAAGUGGAAAUAAAACCCUCAGUAUUUACAAA